CUAGACUUGUCUUUGUUAUAAAUAUGUAAAAUAGCCUUCAGCCAUUACAAUUUCAAAUUAAUGUUCUGCAGGAGGAAUGGAAAAUCUUUAUGAAUAAGAAAAUCUUUGUGCUGUGAUCCUGGAUCUUUAUUUAUGUGACACCCAUUUCUGUUCUCGUUAAAAAUACUGGUUCUAAUUUGGCUUGUUCCUCCUCUUUCAUAGGUCAUCACUAAGUUGGCAGGUAUGGAAGAAGAAGACUUGAUGUUUUCCACAAGAGAUGAGCAACAGCAGCUGCUGAUGAAGGUCCUUGCUGCGUCCGACCUGGACGCCGAGGAGGAAGUGGUGGCCGGGGAGUUUGGCACACGACCACAGUUCUCGAGGCGAACGGGCACCAUGAGCUCCAUGUCCGGUGCAGAUGACGCCGUCUACAUGGAAUAUCACAGCAGAGGCAGCAAAUCCUCCCAACUCAAGGGCGUUCAUCCGCUGUUCAAACGCUUCAGAAAAUAGAUGCACUGACUGAGACGUUCACACCGAAAUACCUACUCUGUUGCUUAUCAACUGAUUGAGCUGGUUUCACAG